CGGGUGCGAGGCGCUAGCGGCAGGAUGAUAUUUUCGAAUCACCCCCUGAUGCUGGUUGUGUAAUGCUGACCUGCUCCCGGGUCGAGCCCACUCCAGCGGGGAUAGCUCGCUUUGCGGCUGCGCUUGCGCUCUCUUCCCAUUGGCUGUCUCCAGCCGCCCCCCUCCUUCCGCGCUUGCCCUCCCCCCGCCCCGGGUUCUUCUGAGGACGCACGCGCGGGGGUUGAGCGGGGGUGAGUUUCUGCGUGGAGAGCCCCUCCUCCUGGCCUGUGAAGGGUCUCGUAGCGCCUCCGAGAACCGCCGCACUACGUGACCUCACUUCAGCAUUCGAUUGCGUGGUGUUGUAUGUAAAGGACCUCUCUGACUAUUCUACUUGGCCCAGAUCAUCUCACUUUGUGUUUAGAUGUACACGUGUCUUUAAUAAGUUGACUAAGCUAUUUGGGGAAGAUCAGGUACUUAAAGGGCCCCAUACAAGUUGCUCAUAAUAUAUGGGAGAGACAGAGGGUCAAAAACCAACUGGAGCUGAAUUCAGGAGCUUGGCAUCAUUAAGCAUUCCUAAUGUAAUCAUUCUCAAAUCUGCACUGUAAUAUCCAUUGCCAAACCAAACUCUUGUUGCUAAAAUUAAACAAGUCUGACACUACUGCACAAGACUGCCUGCCAUGGGCUGUCGAGAUGUCCACGCAGCCACAGUCCUCUCCUUCUUGUGUGGAAUUGCCUCCGUAGCAGGCCUUUUUGCAGGGACUCUGCUUCCCAACUGGAGAAAAUUACGACUGAUCACAUUCAACAGAAAUGAGAAGAACCUGACUGUUUACACAGGCCUGUGGGUAAAAUGUCUCCGGUAUGAUGGAAGCAGUGACUGCUUGAUGUACGACACUACUUGGUCCUCAUCAGUUGACCAGCUAGACCUGCGUGUCCUCCAGUUCGCCCUGCCCCUCAGCAUCCUGAUCGCAAUGGGUGCCUUGUUGCUCUGCCUGAUUGGAAUGUGUAACACAGCCUUCAGGUCCUCAGUGCCUAACAUCAAACUGGCCAAGUGUCUGGUCAAUAGUGCAGGCUGCCAUCUGGUGGCUGGACUGCUGUUUUUUCUGGCAGGUACUGUGAGCCUUGCUCCCUCCAUCUGGGUCUUCUUUUAUAACACUCAUCUCAACAAGAAGUUUGAGCCAGUCUUUGCAUUUGACUAUGCAGUGUACGUCACUAUUGCUAGCUCUGGGGGUCUCUUUAUGACUGCCCUUCUGCUGUUUAUUUGGUAUUGUGCAUGCAAAUCUUUGCCCUCUCCCUUCUGGCAGCCACUAUAUUCCCAUCCUCCCAAUAUGCACACUUACUCACAGCCCUAUUCAGCACGUUCCCGCCUUUCUGCCAUUGAAAUUGACAUUCCAGUAGUUUCCCAUACUACUUAACAGAGAUAGAAUUGUUAAGAACACAUCUUGUAGCCUCAUAGUCCCCUGUGUAAAGAGACUUUUUGGACCUAUAUACAUUUUCCUUUGUUCCUGAACAGUCAGUGGAGCCAAAUUUGUACAUCCUGGUAGAAUGAAAUGCUGCUAGAUUUUAUGAGUAUAUAUUGCAUUCUUCUAAAUGUGAAACAUUCCUUUUAUCUUGCUGCUUAUACUAGAAGGAUCUUUAGCCUCCUUGUUGACAUCUGAUGAAUUAUUUAGGUGAAAGGACUCAAAUUACAGUUGAGGUGAUUCAAAACAGCAUGGUAAAAGCAAUGGCUAAGAGAAGCUGUUGGGUUCAGUCCUUAGGGAUAUUUCAUAGUGUGCUGUCCUUUUUCUAUAGUAACUUCAAUGAAAAAGAAAGUCAGCUUCAAGUAUAACAAAUUUCAGUCAGAUAAGGAUAAUAGUUUAACAUUUAUCAGUACCAGCUCCAGAGCUUGAGACUGUAACUUUGUUCUCUCUUGGGGCUAAUUGAAUAGAUAUCAGUAUAUUGAAGAUUACUUUCUCUUGUGAGUUCCUUAUCUUCUACCUCAUGUCAGUGUUUAAAAGUAAGAUGCAUUUUAAAUGAUGUCAGAGUAAGGCUAAUGUUUAAAUAUAUUAGGUUAAUAUUUAACUUUGUUUGGUUUUUGUUUUCAGACAGGGUCUUGCUGUGUAGCCCUAGUUGACCUGGACCUCACUACGUAAACUAGCCUUCCCUCAAACUUCCACCAUUCUCCUAUCUCUGCCUCCUGAGUGCUGGGAUUAUAGACAUGCCCUGUUACACCUAGUGUCACCAUAAUUUUUAGUUACUGAUUACAUGACUGAAGUUAAAAUGUGCCAUGUGACAGGUUGUUGUUUCAUGUGAAGCAGAAGAACCUUUCUAAAUAACCCUCAGUCAAGUGGUACUAAUGCCCAUAUACAAGCUUAGUGGCUAAGACAGAUUAAUAAAGGGUUGUUGAAACCAAAUGGUUGGUUGUCUUUUAGACAUAAGUGGUAGGGGCAAGAGUCUGUUUUUCAGUAACAGCAGAAGAGAUUCACUUUGUCUACUGUUGGAGUAGUGGGUGGCAUAAAGGUUUGCAGCCUGACUGGUUCAUUUCCUGCCCCAUCACUGAUUAUAUAUCCUUUACCCUUCAGUUAGUACUUUAGAGAAUACACGAAAGAGAGAUGUGCUCACAUCUGUGAAGAAAUUUUAUCUAACACAGAUGAGGCUGUCAUCUAACAACCGGGGACGGUCUGAAAGUAAGAUAAUGAAUUCAGAAGGGAUGAGUUUUUAAAAUAUCUCCUCUGAUAUGUUAAUUAACUGGAUGAAACCAUGUUACUACUAAGGUAACACUAGAAAUUCAGGGAUAUUGGAUCUUAAUGACUUGAGUGCUUAUUUUAUUGGUUUAAUUUGCCACUUAUAAGCAUUAUAAAGGUUUUGUUAUAUUAACAGUUAAGAGUUUUACAAGCAGCUAGUUUUAUGAUAGAUUGUGAUGCCUUUUGCAAAUCUGAGUAUGAUUCUGAUAUUUGUAUAGAUAUAUGUAGCACUUUUCCCCUAAUUCCAACACUGUUUUAGUUAGGCAAAUCCAGUUGUAUAAUUUUUAAAUACCAUCAAUUCAAAGCAUGCCUGUCUGUGUUUUUUUAAUUACAGCUUCUGAUUUCUUUCAGCUCUGAUUCUUACUCUUCUGGGAUACAGCUGAGUCUUGAUCCUUCUAAGACAAUGGCGGCUGGAAUGUAGAGAUUAAUCUGUUUUUCCCCUUUGCUAAUUAAUUUCAGUUCCUCUCUCACUUGGUCUUAGUAUAAACAGUGAUAAAAGUAGGGCUGGAUCUGGUGGUGCAUGCCCUUAUUCCCUACACUUGGGAUGCAGAGGCAGGUGAAUCUUAAAAAUUUGAGGCCAGCCUGAUAUACAUAACAAGAGUUCUAAGUUAGAGCUUCAUAGUGAGAUGCUGUCUCAGAGAAGAAAAGUAGACUUUUUACCCAUGAAAAUGCAAGAUGAUUUUCUGAUUACAGGAUUUUAACUAUAAACUUUGAGCUUUCUUAUAAGAAUCUUUGGCUUCAUCGAUAGCCUCAAAAUAACUUCUUAGGGAUUCACUUGGGAAAAGUAACAGCUAUUUGUUUAUCUUUUUAGUGUUCCAGUUUUGGAAUGAAUAGCUAUUCUUAAAGCCCAGAUUUGGAAUAAAUAGGUAUUUUUAAGCCAUCAAAGUUUUGAAAGCAAGUAUUUUACAGUCCUUUUUAAUCACUUGAGGCCCCCUUGGGCUAGGGUAGGUAAUGGUUUUUGUUAAGAAGCCUGUUAAUGUUAAAGGCCUUUUAAGAUGCCAGCUUGGCAAGCAGUCUUACGUGUGGUAUGGUGCAGCAGCUUUGGGUUAUCCAGCAGUGGGAGAAAAUCAAUACAAGAACCUGAGUUUACUUCACUUGUAUAUAUACACUGUAAUGGAUAGUCUGUUUGCUGUCAACUGCAAGUAAAACCUCAAUACAUGUACUCUACUUCUUGAUGUUUAUUAAAAGAUGUAUUUUUACAA